UAUUAGUUCUUAUAAUUUUUAAUUUUAGAUAUAUUUACACAUUCAAAAAUACACAUAAAAGAAUAUAAAUAUAUGUAUGUGUGUGUGUGUGUAUUUAUUUUACUUUGACAAUACGAAUCUCUCUAUAUCCGCGGUGUCUCUGCCGCGAUCCACUUCCACCUCCGCAUUAAACACUGACUGUAGUCUGUAGGAAAUGAACAGUUUCGUAAAAUACGAUCACGGGUCGUCGGCCAGUGAAUUUUUCGAACGCACCCGACGCACCGAUGCCGAUUUCCGAAAAAUGAUCUACAACUUGAGAGUUGCGAUGUACAAGACAACAUAUAAGAAAUCGUUUUAUUGGCCGGAAAAUGUACCCAAAUCUAAUUAUCACCAAAUCGAAACUGGAUUUACUAUGAUACCGAAGCCAAAUGAAGAUCAGUACAAACAGCUGUAUACACCUGAAAUUUUAAUAUCCAAACAAUUGAGUGAAAAUAAAAGAAUUGUACCUCCUUUGGAGUACUCAAUAAGUGCCUCACCAAAUUGUCAAGACGAAGAUUUAAAUGACUCCGAUACACACGCAAAAUCUUUGUACCAAGAGAGCUAUAUAAAUUGGACGCCAAGUCAAGCACAUAAAAAAGAGGAAACACCAGAAGAGUGGGCUCAGAAAUGGAGAAACGAGUGUCACAACGUUCGAGAUGCCGACGAUUUAGUGCAUGACUUAUCGAAUCGAAUUAUCAAAUCACGAAAGAUGAUAUUAAGUAGAAAGAAGAUUGGCUAUGCUUAAUAAUAGGUAGUUUUAAAGAUAAA